UUAUUUUUAUAUUGUGUAGGGUGUGAAUGAACAUGGAGGAGUAGAGCCAAAUAGGAUUGAGUUCUACAAAAGCACCCAUUACUCGAGUGAAAAAGGAUGGUCAUCUCCAGAAGCUGAGACUAACUACAACAAAAUGAGAGAUUUGAGAGCUCGGUCUGUUUCUGAAGAGAAUCCAAUGACUAUUGAUGAAAUUGUUGAUAAUAUACUUGGUACAAGGUCAGGAUAUAUUAAAGGCCUUGGCUAUGGACCAAAGCCUAAUACAACUACAGCAACAAAAAGGAGGACAGUAGAAUUAGAGGAUGCUCUUAGGAGGGCAAAAGAGGAUGCUGCUACUGCCCAACAUGAUUUACAAGAACAUUUGAAUGUAGCUGAAACUGAGGUAGCAAAUCAGCAAAUACAGAUACAAACAUUAACUUCUGAGUUGGGUACUCUAAGGGCACGCCAAGAGGAAAUAUUAAACGAAAUGAAGUGUCAUUUUAUUGGCUCAUCACCAUCAAGUGAAGAUUGAGCUCCACCAGAUUAUCAACUUUGGGUACACUAAACUUCACACUAUUUAAUUUUUUUCUCAUUUUUAUUUAUUUGUAUCACAAUUCAAUUAUUUGUUUCACCAAUUAAACUCUACGUCUAACAAGAAGUUGUAGUUUAUACCAAUUAUAUUUUAUUUAUGCCAUGAUACCAUAAAGUAUUAACUUAAAUCUUAAUUUUUUCUCUAUCUUUUAUAUAGGUAUAUGAAGGUAACUAUUGGAUCAAGACUAAUUGCAAGUGAAGUGUCACUGCAUUCCUCCACUUCUCAGUCCUAGUUUAGGAGUAAUAUUUCUCAAUUAGACUUUUAUGUUGGACAUAUUUACUUUAAUUAUGUUUCUUUUUAUUUUAAGGAGCUUUUAUUUCAAUAUAAUUUUAA